AUGAAAUGCAUAUCAUCUAAAAGUGACUUUAUUGAUCUCACUGUGGAUGGCGGAAAGCUUGGGUCUAAUAUGAUUACCACUCCCUCUGCAGCAGCGGAUGAAGCUAACAGUAUUACUGUUGAGAAUAGUAAUAGUGUGCGAAAGCGUGACCGCUCUCUUUCUAUAUCAUCGUCGUCUGUACGUUCACGUUCCCCAAGCAAGCACAACAGCUUGCGUAAAAAUACUGGUUCUGAAUCCGGUGAGUUAGCCAAGUGUGUGGCUUCCUCAUCUCGGUGGUUGGUAGACCUUAUUAUAGAUGCACAAUGGAAGCAUUUCCUUUCACCCAUUAUGGAAGACACCUGGCGCGAUCGACUUUUCUAUAAAAUUGAACUUUUUCUAGAUGCGGAGCGUAAGGCGGGGAAACUUAUUUUACCGCCCACUGAGAGCAUUUUUUCAGCGUUCAAUAACACGCCUUUAAGCUCCCUCAAAGUCGUAUUGCUAGGUCAAGACCCAUACCACAACAUAGGCCAAGCUCACGGUAUGUGUUUUUCCGUGUUGCCAGGUGUACGCCUUCCGCCGAGUCUUCAAAAUAUCUACAAGGAACUUGCUAAUGACAUCCCCGGUUUUAAGAUCCCGUCCCAUGGGUACCUCGAAGGCUGGGCGAAACAGGGUAUGCUUAUGCUUAACGCCACGCUCACGGUGGAGGCGCACAAGGCCAACUCACACAGCCACUGCGGCUGGCAACUAUUCACGAACGAUGUUAUUCAGCUUUUGUCACGGCGAUGCCCGAACCGCCUCGUGUUUUUGCUUUGGGGGAACUUUGCUCGAGCAAAGAAGGGUCUUAUCGAUUUGUCUCGCCACGUCGUUAUCGAGUGUGCACACCCCUCUCCGCUGAGCGCCCGCCAGUGGUUUGGGUCCCGGUGCUUUUCUAAGUGUAAUACUGCACUUGAGGAUCUUGGACAUACCCCGAUGUCCUGGCAGCUCUCCCUGGACCUCACACAGGUGAGUGCAUCGACUGUUCAAGAUCAAAAAGUAAAAAAAGUAUCAUAGUACCAUGAUUUUUCCUCUUGCUCUGUUUGUGUACAAAUACAUCAGACUUGGAAUUUUUUUUGCCUUUUAGAAUUUACUAUGAAUAGAUAAUGCUAUCAUGAAAUGGGCCCUCAUUAAUGUGCUCUCUUUUGCAUAUCAUUACACAUAUAACAAUUUCCAUAGAACUAUUAAUAAAGAACUAUAUUUAUU